AUUUGGCUCUCCUCCUCCUCCCUCUCCAACUCCAACUCCAACUCCAACUCCUCUUCUGCAAUUUAAUUUAUGAGCUACAACUGUAAAUUUCAGUAACAAUGGACCCUCCCACCUCCUUCCGCAAACAGGAUUUUCUUCAUUUCCACUCUGUAAACAGGCGAGGAAGCUGGAAACUCAGCUGGACGAACAGAUGCAUUUGUAUCGCAACACAAAAAUUGAUUCAAGUAAUGAUAAGGAUGUGGAGUCUGGAAUCGAUCAACUCCUGAGACAGCUUCACCAAGUAAAUGUGCAAAUGCAAGCAUGGCUUUCAUCUGGCGGCUCUGAGAUCUUUUCUCAUACAUUCACACGUCAUCAACAAAUCCUUCAGGAUCUGACUCAGGAGUUCAAGCGGCUUCGUUCCAGUCAUAGAGCUAAGAAAGAGCAUGCAUCACUUCUUGAGGAUUUCAGGGAGUUUGACCGUUCAAGAUUAGACCUUGAAGACGGCGGUGGUUCUUAUGAUCAAGCUCUUCUCAAGGAGCGCGCUUCUCUACAUAGAAAUUCCGGCCAGGUGGACUCUGUAAUAUCUCAAGCACAAGAAACAUUGAAGUCCCUGGUCUUCCAGCGUUCCACAUUUGGGGGCAUCAAUUCGAAGCUAAGUAAUGUGGGCAGCCGCCUUCCAACUGUGAAUCAUAUUCUCUCAGCAAUAAAGAAGAAAAAGUCCAUGGACACCAUCAUACUUUCCUUAGUUGCAUCUGUCUGCACGUUUUUAAUUUUAAUUUACUGGUGGACCAAGUAGGAGCAGUUUUGGGAUGAUUUGGAGAUUUUGGUUCAAGGAUGGAACCAUCAAACAUGGCUGCUUCAAAUCUUAGUAAUAUUCUCAUCCUCAGCUGACCAGGCAGAUAAAAUCUCUCCAAAUUUAAUUAUUGAUGUUAUACGAGAAAGCAAAGGCAUCGGAGCAUAAUCGUACUGGGAUUGAAUCUCAUUGUGAAGAAUGCUCUGCAGUCUGGAUUCCAAGGGCGAACAAGGAGAUUGAAUGACAUCAGAAGAGGCCAAGUCACGAAUUAAACUGCGACGUCGGAUUAUUGAAGGACAAAAUGAAGUAAGGAGUGAUCUCAUCAGACUGAACGAGCCUUUUACUUGUAAUAAUAUUGUCACUACACUUCCUACCUCUUUCCCCUAUCCCCAUCUUCCAUUUCUACCAUCUUCCUAUCUUUUAUUUUAUUUUUUUCCUUGCUGUACCUUAUUUUCAUGGGAUAUUUACAUCCAAAAUAUUUUAUCGUUAUUUCAAAUUGGUCUAAAAGUUU